GAAAUUAGAAAGUCAUUUUUACCUGAUCGCUAGGAAGCGCGAUGUGUUAUUUUAUAAACAGCUUCGCCCUUCAGUUUGUGCCAGUCAAGCGAGGACCUGCGUGUAAGGAAGCGGUGAAGGAAGACUCGUCUUCCAGCAAUAGCGGGAUAAAGUCGCGAUGGCUUUAAGGUUUAUGGCACCGUUUCUUCUUCUCUUCGCUGUUCUCGUGAACAAUGUUGCUUCACAACGAAAUAAGUUGGCAGUUGGCUGCGACGGCCGUUGGAUGUACAUGCGUUGCAUGGGUAAAAUACUGAUUGUGUCCUCGAACUUUGGGCGGACCAACGCAAGAUACUGCCGUUGGGGCAACUACAGAAACACCAAAUGCACGGAUGGCGGGAGAUCUAUAGGCCCACUUCGCACAUACUGCAAUGGGAAACCAUUCUGCCGGAUACCUGUCAACUCCAAGCGGUUCGGAGACCCCUGCCCAGGUACCAGCAAGUACCUUUUUGUGACUUACAAAUGUAUUCCAUUACCGACACCACCUACCAUCGGGCCGCCGCCGAAAAAGAUACCCUGCAAUCCAGUGGCCAAAGCUGACAUCUACUUCAUGGUCGAUUCGUCCGGAAGUGUAAGGAGGCAAAACUUCGUCCAUUUGCUCAGAUUCAUCAACACCCUUAUAAACAGCCUGUCCAUAGGCCGGAACGCGAUCAGGGUUGGUGUGUACAGGUUCGAUCACCGGACGACCAUGAUGUUUAAUUUGCUUCGGCACACUUCAAAAGCUGCCUUGAGGAAAGCGGUCAGAAAUAUUCCUUUUACGGGUGGAGGCACGGGGACCAGCACGGUUCUGCAACAGAUGAGGACAGUUGGAUUUGCCACAAGAAAUGGUCAUCGGCCAGGAGUUCCGAAAAUCGGGAUCCUUAUCACAGAUGGUAUCCCGAGAAGCGUUCCAAGAACGACAGCUCAGGCGACAUUAUGCAAACGUAACGGAAUAGAACUGUUCACAGUUGCCGCUCAAACCCCGACUUAUGCCAAGGCAUCAAUCAGAGCCAUUGCCUCGAACCCUAAGAACUUGCAUUCAUUUGUCUUGAACAAAUUCAGCCAAAUGUCCAGCAAGGCCCCUCCCAUUGCUAAGAAGAUAUGCGGCAGCGUCAACAAGAAAGCACCUACCACAACUACUACGACUACGACUACGACUACUACGACUUCUACCACUACUACUACUACCACUGCUGCCCCUACGACCACUUUCCCGGUAAUGUUGGAUGCUGGCACAGAUUUGGGUGACGAGCCGCACGUUAUUAUCUCCUGCAUCUCCUUCCGGAAUUUCCGACAUGCCAAACAAUAGAGAUAAGAGUUCAGAGUGUAGUUCAUAUUUUGUAUUAUCACGGCCAAAUGGGAACUGAACUGUUGUAAGCGGAUGACAUCAGCUGUCCGUGGACCGCGCCAGUUUCCCCAAAAGACUAUGUGGACUCGGGUUGGAACGUUAAAAACAAUGAAUGCUGUUGUUACAAUUAGGAUAGACCUCGUAAUUGAUUUCUCAGUCGUAGCUCUGCUUUUUUGGGAACCAUUCGAAAAACUUGAGCCACUUGUGCGAACUGCAAUAGAUAUACCAAUAUUGAAAAUAAGGAGUAAUAUCGUUGGUAAAUAGAAUAAAAUAAUGUCGUUGACUAUAUUAUAUAUACUAACGAUGUCUUCUGAAAAGUUGUAAGGACAAUACCUGGCUGAGUAUUUCUUUUGUUCUGUGCGAAAUAGGGAAAAACCUCCCCUGAAAACACCAACAGAAACUACGAUUAAAGCCGAAAGUUUCGCUCUUUUCAUGGUGCAUAUCGCUGCUGCUUUUAGUGGCCACGUCAGGGCAACAAACCGAUCGAAAGACAUGAAUACCAAGAUCCAUUUUGAGAGUGGAUUCGAAGUGUCGGUAAAAAAAAGAUGAAACAAACAAAAUGGCGUCCUUACUCGUCCUGUCGUGAAUUGCUGCGGCGCUACAACAAGUAGGUAUCGCAGAAACAUGAUCCCGAAUAUGUAGAGACUGUCAAAGAUGGCUGUGCACCUCAUGUAGAAACAACUCGUGUUGUUGGUGUACUUUUUCUGAUUCAUGAGAAUAUAACUGAGAAUAUUUCCAACCAUGCCAAUGACUGCUAGUACUAGUGGCAGGAUUAAAGUAAGUAUGAAGAUGGCUAUGUCAAGCGCUGCAUUAGCUGUUACAGAUUGCGCAUCGCGACCGUCACCAGUGGGGAAAGGUUCCACAUUAUUUCGGCGGGUGCCCUCCGCCAUUGACAUGAUAUGCGAGGUUGACGGUCAGUUCAGGCGAAAGUGCUCGGGUACCAAAUUUAUUCUCGAUUUUGACUCCGACCAAACUGAAGGAACUAUGGUAUUGAAAUUCAGCUAGGAGCUCGAGUGCAUUCGAUCGAUAGAUUAAAAAUCUCGAUUUCAUCUGCCUUAGUAUCUUCUACAAUUCUCUCGGUGGACGUAUCGGUUCACCGUCAAAAAGUACUAUUGCUUACCGAGAAAGCAGACGACGACACCGCAGUAACAUAAAAAAUACUACUUGUAUAUGUACAUUUAUUUCAUAUUGAGUGAGGAAAUGCCACGAAGAGCGUAUUUUGAUGCCGGUAUUAGAUCCUCUUCCCAUUGUGUAUAUUUUGCAUGGAGGCAACCUUACAGCAGAGCAGUGAUCGCGCGAUGUAAACCACCCACGCUGCGAUUUACCGCACAGUCCGAGAUGAUUGUUUUUGUGGAAGCAACUCGGCGUCCGGAGAAAAUCGCCGUGUUAAACUAAUUUCUUUC